GAUUUAUAAGGUUACAAGGCCGCUGGAGGUGUCGGCAAUCGGGUUAUCAAAAGCGGCGUCAUAUAAUGAGGCUGCUGCCAAACGUAAUCCGAGGAACACAUGAGGAAGAGGCUGUACAGGAUAUUAUUACUUUGUUACCAUUGCCUCCAGAUACUUCAAUUAAAAAGAAAGAGGAUUUCAUAAACCACUGGCACAUAAAACUAUUUCAACUGUUCUACUCGCACUGUAUCCGUGGUUCUCUCCAUUCUAUCAUUUCCUCCUCUACCUACCCUUUGAUAGUAGUUCUACUACCAUCAUCGACUUAUUCCGAACAACCCAAUCGACCACAACCAUUAUUCUCCCGUCUUCGAUCGGUCUCUGUUUGGAUCGCCCAUAGAAAUUCGGUAUGCGGUUUUGUUCAUGAUACAAUCAUCUACAAUCUAUAACAAAGGGAGAAGACUCUGAAAAACGAUACUCUUUCCAUUCAUUUCACCGUCGAAGAAAUGUUUCAAACAUUUAGUGGCAGUUCUCGCAGACCUAGACAAGUCAACCUUUCCGGUCAAACUCCGAAUCCAUUCGCUGCCGGUACCUGGAGUUCCCCAGCUUCAGCUUCUGGUGCUCAAAAGACAGUGGCACAUGCGCAACAAGAGAGGGAGCAACGUCAGAGGGAAAGAGAAAGGCUCAACGCCUCAAAGAAAAUCCAGAGAGUAUGGAGGGGUCAUAGAAGUAGAGUAGAGCUUGCGGAUGCAAGACGACAACAAUAUAAGGCGGCCUAUAGUUCUUGCGAGGGAGAGCACGAUGCCCUCGUUCCACUUGAGCAAUUAAAGUUGUUGAUGGCGUUUUGCAACCCCGAGCGGGACGAUGAUGUAGCCCAAUUGACGGAACUCGGCAGGAAGUUCGUUCACAGCAAGAAUACUAGACUCAUGUCUCAAGCAGAGUACCAACCUUAUCUCCUCAAAUUGGCAAAGCUCACGCUCAGUGCUCUCAUACAUACCUUGCCCAGCUACAACAGAGUUCUUUUCAGGCUUCUGUCGAACAUAUUAGUGGAAAAUGGCAACAUACUAUCACAUAUUGCAAUUUCCUAUUAUGACUUUCUUUCGGCAGCCGUAGUUGGAGGGAGUGUUUCCGAUGAAUGGCGUGCGGAGCUUGUCUCAGCAGUAUUCUUUCCUCUCAAAGUAUCUCCGUCAGCGCCGGGGCAAUCAUCUAGUACAGUGUCAUUGGAUGUUUAUUCAGCAAUGGCAUCUCGAUUCCUGACCAUUCCAGAUCUAGAAUCUAGGCUUGGGGGUCUACAGGUACUCGCAUCUAAACUGAUUGGCAAUAAUCUAGCUGCCGCUAUAGUUCGUGACUACUCAAGCAUUUCCUCUUCGCAGUCAAAUCCGGAGGCAAAGCUCUGGCUGCUUGCCCAUUUUAUUGCAAUAUACCGUAUGCGGGAGCAUCGUGAACAGGAAUCCGAGCUACUGAGAGCCUUGUCCCUUCAAUUAUCGGCGUGCUCAGUCGAUCUUAUUGGCAGAAUUGAUAGUCGCAAACCAGCAUCCAAUAAUUUCCAAACAGGAGAAAGUGAAGAAGAUGGAGUUCAGCCUGUAAAAAACUUGCCUAUAUUCGUAAGCAAUCAGUUGUUGUCUUUGUUAGAUAAAGAGUCAAUAACUGGGCUACUCAAAAGAUUCAACAUAGAUUAUGCCAAAGGGUCGACGGCAGGGCAGGAAGAUGCAAGCUUUCUGGCAAGUUACGCUCUUACCCUUCUAAGAAUUUUUCCGGAUCGUGCCGAUGAAAUUCGAAUGUGGCUUUGUUCUAGCUCAAUCACGACUUCAAAUGGAAAUGAGGUAUUGGCUCUCAAAUUCCUUUGGCAGGCAACGAGUUCAACAAACACCUUCAAAGCUAUCAUGGCUGAUUCGAGAGCUGCAUUGGAGAUCCUUCGGUAUCAAAACCCUCGCAGCAAUGAACCAUCUCAAGAAGUUAUAUCAAGAAAUCGAGAGUGGAGAACCAUUCUUCUGUUCUUGGAACUUUAUACGUUUGUUUUGAAGUUCAUAGAUGACGAGGAUUUCCUUGGAGGUAGUACAAAUUCGAACCAAGCGAGUGGGACUGCCUCAAAGAUCCGGGGCAGUGCACUCUCAUUGGAAGCUGUCGAGCAACUCACCCUUUUUUUGAAGAACAUCUCGUUCACCACUUACUACAAUGCUGCUGAACUUUCUGGUGACGAUAAUUCUGUUAUCGAGGGUGGCUUAGGUACCUACUUCGGUAACAAGAGCGAAUCCGCAAAAGAUGAGAAAGACGCUUUUGAUGAGGGCCGAACAAUAAGCAGCUCGAGUUGGCCAUUCGCAGGUAUCUCGGGCAUGACGUUUUACCAUUUGCGAACCAUUGUAAUUGGGGUUAUGCGUAUGAUUUAUGAGCGAGACUCAAGAAGACGAUUUUUGCCCAAAGAUCAUUGGCUCAUGACGGCACGUUUUGACAUGAAAGGCUUUAUUGUUGAUGUUAUCAAGGAGCACGAAAGGCGACAAGAGGUUGGCGACAGCGAAGGAGCUGAAGCAGAGUUUGAAGAAGAUGCAGAAGAGUAUGAGCCAGUUCAGAGUCUUAUGCUGGGGCGUACAACCCGGGCAAGCCACUUGCUGUCUCAGGUGAGACAGCAGGAUCUGUUACGAAAGCAUCAGCAAAAAUUGAACAAGAGAAAAAUCAUGGCUGCUGUUGGGCCCAGGAUUGAGGUGUUACAAAAUAUGCCAUUUGUCAUACCCUUCGAAACUCGCGUUGAGAUAUUUCGCCAGUUCGUCAUGAUGGAUCAGCUCAGGAGGCGGUCAGGAGUUAUCGAUCCGGAUUCAUGGCGUAUGCGAAUGGCAAACAUGGCACAAAAUCGACAUGCCGCACGAGAAACUCUUGGCAGACAUCACGCAUCGAUCCGUCGAGAGUCUGUAUUUGAAGAUGCAUUUGAGGCAUUCUUUCCACUUUCAGAAGGCCUGAAGGAGCCCAUUCAGAUCACCUUUGUUGACAGCUUUGGUGCUAUUGAGGCUGGUAUUGAUGGCGGUGGAGUGACGAAAGAAUUUCUUACCAGUGUUACCAAUGAAGCAUUUCGCGGUCCUCUAGAUUACGGUAAUAAUCCAUCCCUUUUUGUCACGAAUGACCAAAACCUAUUGUACCCGAAUCCAACAGCCAUGGAGCAAGACUAUGCAUUUUUAAGAUCAGUUGGGAUAAAUGAAACUAGUCCUGGUUGGAAGACGCAUAGUGUACAGUUGCGUAAUCGCAUGCACUUCUUGGGCCGCAUCGUUGGAAAAUGUUUGUACGAAGGCAUUCUCAUUGACAUCAAUUUCGCUGGAUUUUUUCUCCUCAAAUGGUCCGCUGCAAAUUCUGGUCCAGAAGCAGCAAGUCGCAGUAAUUUGAACGAUCUACGUGAUCUUGAUGAAGGAUUGUAUCAAGGGCUGCUAAAACUCAAAAACUAUCCUGGCAAUGUCGAAGAUUUCUCUCUCGACUUUACUAUAACCGACCAAAUUCCCAAUGGCAUGCCUGAUGGCCGCGCCAAAGUAAUCACCCGAGAUCUUAUGCCUAAUGGCUCUAACAUUCCCGUGACAAACGAGAAUCGUCUCCUCUACAUUGCAUACGUCGUCCGCCACCGUCUCCACAUUCAGCCCUAUGAACUCACGCAGGCUUUCCUUCGCGGUCUCGGCCAAAUCAUAAAUCCCUCCUGGUUGAGCAUGUUUAACCAAGUCGAACUUCAAACCCUAAUUUCCGGUGAGACAUCCGAUAUUAACAUUAAUGAUCUACGCAAGAACACACAAUAUGGCGGUGUUUAUCAGAUAGGUUACGAUGGACGCGAGCACCCAACGAUCAGGAUGUUCUGGCAGGUCAUGGAAGAGUUCAAAGAUGAGGAUAGGAGAAAGGUGCUCAAAUAUGUUACCAGUACGCCGAGAGCACCGCUAUUAGGAUUUGCAUCAUUGAAUCCGCAGUUCAGUAUUAGGGAUAGUAGCUCAGAUGAGGAUAGACUACCUAGUGCAAGUACGUGUGUCAAUUUGUUGAAGUUACCAAGGUAUCAAAGCAAAGAGAAGUUGAGGGAGAAAUUGUUGUAUGCGGUCAAUGCGGGGGCUGGAUUUGAUCUUUCGUGAUUUUUAAAUCUGAAGAGGUUGUGGAAGGGGAUAAGAAGAGCCCGGAAGUCGGAAGAGAGUGAAGUGAAGUGUAGAGAAAAUACUAAUGAGGCAAAUGAUAAAAGCGAAGCGAUGAUUGAUGAUCAAAGAAUAUACUUACAACAUACAUGGCGCAGGCGUUUUUCUAUUUUUCAUUUUAGCAGAGAGUUAUUUAAUGGUUGAAUGGAUGGGCUGGGAUCGAAUGGCAAUGUAUGAUUACAUGAGGUUGAAUGGAGAAACUUCCCAAAUUACAAAGGCUUGCAUGUGGUGAAUCAAUUCAUUGAUAGGACGUGUAUUGAGAAAACGGAGAAGGAUGGUGGUCUAUCUGUCUGUUGGGAUUGGAGGAUACAAGCGUGUAUAGACAUGAAUUAAUCGUCAAUACAUUUAUUUCUUACACAUUUGGCAUUGGUCUACUGACAUUUGAAAAGAGGUCUGGGGUUUCCGAUUCAUGACUAGGAAAAAUAUUCCAUUUCAAAGAUUCCA